CAUCUGCUUCAAGGACCCUCACCAUCGUCACCCACCCAGCACCAGUCUUUGAGAUGGAGAGAUCAAGAGCUGUUCUCCUCACUAUCGCCUGUGUUUUGUUCUCCAGGAUCUCUGGAGCAGAAGUGGAGAUGAGGGUCAGACCAGGAGACAACGUCAUCCUCUACAGUGACUGUGUUUGGAAGACUGGAGAGCCAGUUUGGUUCAGAAACUCCUCAAAUGAGAAUCAACGUCCUCUCAUCAUAUCUUCAGAUAAUCUGAUCCAGGCCGCUUUUUCACGUUAUGCUUUUUUGUGGAGUCCCUCUGAUCAAACUCAUGAUCUGCUGGUGAAGAACAUCACCGAGUCAGAUCUGGGGCUGUACUACUGCGCUGUACAUGAGAUAAAGUUAAUCAAAGGCGGAGCCGGCGCAGAUGUUCGGACAGAUGUUUAUCAUCAUGGAAACAGAACCACUCGACUCUCUCUGCUUGACUGUAGCGUCUGCUGGAAGCUGCUGGUCAGUGUGUGUUCUGUGUGUGUUCUCCUCUCCUCCACCUGUGUGUGCUGCAUCUACAGACACACAACUAAAGUGACAGGAGAGAGGAAAGUCUAUGAGGCUGGGAAUGUGAAAGAAGAGGAUCAGAGAAGAAGCAUCCAUGGCGAGGUCGGAGGAGAUGUGAUUUACGCUCCGUUGGACGUCACGAGGAGAGGACAGAACCGUCUGAAGAAAAACAGAGUCCAGCGCUCUGACAUCUGCACAUACUCUGAGGUCAUAUUUGAUCCAAUGUGAAACUGCAGUGAGGAACUCAGUUGUAAAGCAUUAACUUUAAUGUAAAGUGGUUUGAGGAGGUGCUUUGAUACUUUACAAACUGCAUCCUGAGCUAAUGUUAUUAAUAAAGAGUCUGAUGUGGAUUUGGGGACGUUUUUACAAUUGAUCAUAAUAAACUGACCACCUGCUG